UCUUGUAAAAGAGAGAAUUGAUUUAAUCUUAAGAUGGGGUCUUCACGGAGCAGAAGUCGCUCAAGGAGUGCUGAAGGUAAGAAAAGCCGGUCACGCAGCAGAUCAUCCAGGUCAAGGUCACGAUCUAGGUCCAGAUCCAGGAACCGAAGGCGCAGCCGAUCCUACAGCAGAUCCCAGUCCCCAGAUCUGGAUGGUCACCGACUCCAUGUUGCAGAUUUAGACAGCAGAUCGGAGAAACGGGAACUAGAGAAAGUUUUCUCAAAAUACGGUCCUUUGAUAGAAGUAUGGCUGGCUAAAUCUACCCCUUGCUUUGCAUUUGUUGUUUUCAAGCAUAAGGAUGAUGCAUAUGAUGCUUGCAGAGCUACAGAUGGAGAGGAGAUGUGUGGGAGAAGAGUUCGUGUGACCGUUGCUCGGCCACGAACAAAGGGACGUGGCCGACGAGGAUUUGAUCCUAGCAUGCGGUGCUAUCAAUGCGGGGAGAAGGGUCAUUUUUCGAGGGAUUGCACCGACUUCAAGUAUGGAUACAGGAGACCCCCUAGUCCUAGGAGAGGUGGACGGGCCAGGACCAGGUCUAGAAGCAGAUCUAGAUCUAGAUCUCGCAGGAGAAGUCGUUCUACGAGAAGGAGAUCCGUAUCACGGAGAAGGAGAUCCGUCUCACGAAGCAGAAGUAGGAGUAGACGACGUCGCUCUAGGAGUCGGUCAUAAUUAGCUGAAAAAGAGUCGAGAGCUUAAAGAGACGAAUUUUCACGUUUCGUGCAUUAAUUAAACGCAUUGUAUAAAGAUUUAAAUUAUAUGUUGUAUUGAU